UUAACUGGUAUCUCUAAUUGUCGGCCAUUUUAUGGCUGGGGAAGCUGUGCAUUUUCCAAUAAAAUUUACAUCAAAAUUCACUUUCUUUUGUCAAUAGUAGUGAAGCUUUUACAGACGUGUUAUUUUUAUUUACUACUUUGCGAUUCAAGUUUACUAACGUACAAAUCAGUAUACGUGAAUAGUGUUUACGGACGGUGUAUUUAUUUAUGUGUUGGGUGUAAAAAGAAAUGGAUGAUCCGAACAGAAUGAUGGCGCAUAGCGGCGGUCUCAUGGGCCCCGGGGGCUACGGCCUGCCCGGCGGAGACUCCACGCCGACCACUGGCGAGAGCGAAGCCCGCAAGCAAGACAUCGGGGAAAUCUUGCAGCAAAUCAUGAACAUAACGGACCAGAGCUUGGACGAGGCUCAAGCCAGGAAACAUACACUGAACUGUCACAGAAUGAAGCCUGCAUUAUUCUCGGUGCUGUGUGAAAUCAAAGAAAAGACAGUUCUGUCGCUCCGGAACACACAAGAGGAGGAGCCCCCAGACCCUCAGCUGAUGCGGCUGGACAACAUGCUGAUCGCCGAGGGGGUGGCGGGCCCGGAGAAGGGCGGGGGCGCCGGCGCCGCGGCCUCCGCCUCUGCCGCCGCUGGCGAAUGGGGCACUGUGGCCCAAGCAGAUAACGCCAUCGAGCACUCGGACUACCGCGCCAAGCUGGCCCAGAUCCGGCAGAUCUACCACCAGGAGCUGGACAAGUACGAGAACGCCUGCAACGAGUUCACCACCCACGUCAUGAACUUGCUGCGCGAGCAGAGCCGCACGCGCCCGAUCACGCCUAAGGAGAUUGAGCGCAUGGUGCAGAUCAUCCACAAGAAGUUCAGCUCCAUCCAGAUGCAGCUGAAGCAGUCCACGUGCGAGGCCGUCAUGAUCCUGCGCUCGCGCUUCCUGGACAGCCGGCGGCGGCGGCGCAACUUCACCAAGCAGGCGCUGGAGCUGCUGAAUGAGUACUUCUACUCGCAUCUGGCGAACCCCUACCCGAGCGAGGAGGUGAAGGAGGAGCUGGCGCGCCGCUGCGGCAUCACCGUGUCGCAGGUGUCGAAUUGGUUCGGAAACAAGCGCAUCCGCUACAAGAAGAACAUCGGCAAGGCGCAGGAGGAGGCCAACCUCUACGCCGCCAAGAAGGCAGCCGCUGCAGGCGCGUCUCCGUACUCGAUGGGCGCGGCGAGCGGCACGGCCACGCCCAUGAUGUCGCCGGCGCCCACGCAGGACUCCAUGGGCUACUCGCUGCCGGCGCCCGGCUACGACCAGCCCCAGCCCGGGUACGAUGGGUCCAUGGGAUACGACCCGAUGCACCAGGAUCUGUCGCCGUAGAGCGGUAAUGGCGGGCGGCAGUUACGCAAAAAUCGUUCAGCUUCCAUAUUUUUGCCAUAAUUUAUUUGCUGUUGGAAACUCUGUGGUAAGCAUCUCUGUACUGUACCUAUGUGAUGUUAGCCACAUAGAGAUAAAAAUUAGGCCACUUAUUAUAUAAUGAAGUUACUUAAAGUGUGGCAUUAUGUUGUAUUGCCGUAGUAAUAUAUUUUUAAUAUUUGAACCUACAUUAUAGAUGUAACAUGUAUUACAAUUUGACAUCACAGUUUUAAAUUAAUUUUCCUAUGUUUAUUAUAUAUUUCUGAUCGAAAGCAGGCCUAAUGAAAUGGAAAUCUUGAAUGUAUUUUUACUAUCGAUUGAUUGUUUUGUAUUAUUCUACAUUUGGACUGGAACCCAGUAUUUAUAAUUAAUUUGAAGAUAUUUUUCCAAAUCAAUCUGAGCGAAGAAAAAAUAUCAGUUUUCUGUAGUAUUAAUUUUAUUUUUAAAUUUUAUUCGAAAAUCGUUGAAAGUUAUUAUUUGAAAGUAUUAAUUAUUGAAUUAUGAUUUUUAAGAUAAAUUUUGGCACUUGGUAUACGGCAUGUAUAGCGAAGUUUUAACAAAUACACAGUUUAAACUGGUUACUCUAAUCUAAACGCAAGAAUGUUUUUAGCCUUCUAGGCCUAACUCUCGACGUAAACACGAUAUACUUAAUCAUUUCACCUCACGGUGGAUAUAAAUAUACGAUAGCUGUAAGAAAGCCUAGUUUAGUUAGAUGUAAGUGAUGAGAUGUGUUGUGCCGAGGUAUCGGGUCCUACAAUUGUGGGACCGACACGGAAUGUGUGCAAUUUUGUAAUGUUGUAACGGUUGUGUCCAUAGCCUGCGCAGGGCUCGGCCUAUCUCCAGUGUCCUGUGACUCUAGACCAGUGGCUCAUUGUUUCUCAUGCCACUUGGCUCUAUUUACACCAGUAGCAAAACCUUCCCAGUUGACUUGUUAGCGCUUAAAUUAUUCUGAAUUAUAAAUUAAUCCUUAUGAAAGGCUGAGUUUCAGUAUACAAAGUUGAAAGUGAUGAGCGCGCAUAGAUCUCACAGGAGCGCAUGCGAAGACAAGUAAAUUAAAACUAGAACAUAGAACACGUGGCGGCUUAUUGUGUAUUUCGUUGGUUGUUCAUUUUGUUUUAUCAUUUUCGAGCCGUUUAGGAGUUGUGAAUAUCUGAACAAUAUAAUUUUUAUACGGUGCUACUUUUAUGGCACAAUAUAUAUUUUUAAUGUUAGCCAUUAAGUUCUAAUAAUUUAAUGUUGAUAAGUUUGGCUCGCGUUGGUGAGUUGAGUGCGAUGUUCGUUGCACUGAAUUUAGCGACCGAGUUAUUUUUUUCUGUCAAUUGUUUGAUGCAAGAGUCUAUGUUCCGAAUGUCUGCGUUGAACUCCACUUAGUGAUAGGUCAUGAGAAAAUUUGCUAGUAUUAAGUUGAUGUGUUCUAAAACAAUAUAUCUAAAACAGUAUACGAGAAUAUGAGAAAUUUAAUUGAAAAUGUUUAAUGUGGAACAUUGAUAUUGGUCGCGCCGCUGUUGUAUUUAAUUAGGUACAUUUAAACACGCUAAUGUUUUACAUGCAUAAAGUAUUUAUAUUUAAAAGUGAAUUUUAAUAUGCUUAGAAUAGGUUGAGUUUGUAUUGUCCGCACCGACGCGGCGCGCCGAACCAUGUAUACGAGACAGUUCAAUGUUUUGCGACCAUCAGAUUGACUUAAAUACAUUUUUGUGUAGUUAA